AUGGCAUAUGAGAAGGAAAGAGUGCGAGCAGAUAAUGAAAAAGAGGAGAGAAUGAAGGAAUCGGUUCUUCGAGUUUCUUUGGAGGAUGAGAUCUCCGUUCUGAAGUCUGAAGUUCUUUUGUUGCAGCAAAAGAAUUCUGUAGCUGACAAUGUUGAUGGCGAAACUCUUCUUAGGUUACGUGUCUCUGAAUUAGAAACUGAAUUAGAUAAACUCAAGGAGCUUCAAGAGAAAGAGAGAAUACGAGCAGACUCUGAGAAAAAGAAAGCUGAUGCAGAGAAGAAGAAAGCUAAUGAAGCAAGAAAAAACGUGAAGGCAGAAAAGGCUAGAGCUGAUGAAGAAAGGAGGCUGGCUGAUAUCGAGCGGAAAAGGGCAGAGGAAACAAGACUUCAGUUGGAAUCCCUAAAGAAAGAAGCAGAUGAAGCAAGAUCACAAUUGGUUUUGGAGUCAAUUAAGUUCAAAGAGGCAAGCAAAAAGCUUGAGGCAGAAAAAGUGAACACGAUCAAAGAGAGAAAGCGGGCAGAUUUAGAGAUGGUUCAAACUGAAGAGCAAAGGAAGCUUGCAGAAAUGAACGGGAAGAAGGCCAUGGAUGAAAAAUGCCGUGCUGAUCUUUUGUCUCAACAAAUGGAGCAGGAUGGCCAUAUGAUUGAGAAAUUAAAGGAGGAGAUAAGUGAAUUUGUAUCCUCUAGAAAAUUGGCUGGUUUGCCUGCUGACCUGCAUAGGGAAAUACAGGAACUUGUGUCCUCUAGAUCAUUGGUUGAGCCUUUGGUUGUUGCACCUGAUAAGAACACGAGUACUGAAGCUGCUGGGAAAAUGAAGCUGCUGAAGAAACAAUUGAAGUUUGAAAAGCGGCAGGUAAAGCAUGCCGAAAAGAUUGCGAAGUUGGAAAUGGGUCGUAACAUUAUUCUACAACAGGAACUAUAUCGUUUGAAACAGGAGUUUGUUCAAUUUUCAAAGCGCCUGGUUGUACUGGACGCCUGUUUCUCCUGCAGCGAUGAAGGUAUAGAUGACAUGGACAAGGUUAGUUUUCCUUUAAUUAAAGCUCUGAUGUGA